UAUACCGUGUACGAGGAGCUGGCUCAUGCAUCUUCGCCAGUUAUCGACAAGGCUUUGACGGCCAGCUGGGUAGAGCAUUGCAACCGCACCAUUCAGUUUCCGGAGGGUGAACCUGCGACAUUCGAGAUAUACAUGCAUUGGCUCUACUUCUCAACGUUUGCUGUGGUUGGCUACGAUGAUGGUAGUGGCUACAGACCAUUGAUCAAAGCCUAUGUCCUAGGAGACAAGUUACUUGACACGAAGUUCCAGGACGCCGUGAUUGAUGCCAUUGUCGAAAGACGAUACUCGAAAGACCUGGUUUGCAAAUACACCCAGCCUAGCAAUGACACCAUCAACUGGUUAUACUCCCACACAACUUCCUCGGCGCCGAUCCGCCAGCUAUUUGUGGAUAUGCUCGCGGGUUGCAGAAGUCCCCCUCUAGCGGUGACGGUUUUUUUGAAAGAGACCUCCCAGGAAUUUCUUCUGCAGCUGAUAGCAAAGCUGUAUGAACGGCGAGCGACGGACAAAACACCUCUCAAGGCCUCCGAUUAUUAUCGUCAGCCCACUGACCCCAGUAAGCCAACUCAGCCAGAGGACAAAUCUAAGUAG